GGCGGCGCCGCUGCGCUAUGCGCGGGCGGCCAUGCGAUGGCGGUCGGUGGUGCUGGGGCUGCUGCUGCUGCGGCUCGGGCUGCAGGCGCUGCUGACGCUGCUGCCCGCGCUGGCCCGCGGGCUCUGCCUGCACCCGCGCCUGCCCUGCCCCGGCCCGCGGCCGCCCGCGCUGCCCGGCCCGCCCGUGGGCUCUGCGGGCCGCGAGGCCCGGCUGUGGGGCGCGGCGGCGGGCGGCGAUGAGUACGAGCGGCGCUACAGCGGCGCCUUCCCGCCGCAGCUGCGGGCGCGGCUGCGGGACGCGGCCCGGGGCAUGUUCGUGUUCGGCUACGACAGCUACAUGGAGCACGCCUUUCCCCGCGACGAGCUCGACCCUCUGCACUGUCGCGGCCGCGGGCCCGACCGCCGCGACCCCUCCAACCUGAACAUCAAUGAUGUGCUGGGGAACUACUCCCUGACGCUGAUCGACGCGCUGGACACGCUGGCGGUGAUGGGAAACUCCUCUGAAUUCCAGAAGGCAGUGAAGUUGGUGAUUGACACAGUUUCUUUUGACAAAGACUCAACAGUCCAAGUUUUUGAGGCAACAAUCAGGGUUUUGGGAAGCCUGCUGUCUGCCCACAUCAUAAUCACAGACACCAAGCAGCCCUUUGGUGACAUGACCAUCAAGGAUUAUGACAAUGAGCUGUUGCAUUUGGCUCAUGACCUGGCAGUGAGGCUGCUCCCAGCCUUUGAGAACACCAAAACUGGCAUUCCCUACCCUCGGGUGAACCUGAAGAAGGGGGUUCCUCCAGACAGCCACAAUGAAACCUGCACAGCAGGAGCUGGAUCCUUGCUGGUGGAGUUUGGGAUCCUCAGCAGGCUGCUUGGUGACUCCACGUUCGAAUGGGUGGCCAGGAGAGCUGUGAAGGCCCUGUGGAGCCUCAGGAGCAAUAACACUGGACUGCUGGGAAAUGUUGUGAACAUCCAGACUGGUCACUGGGUUGGAAAGCAGAGCGGACUGGGAGCAGGGUCAGAUUCGUUCUAUGAGUACCUGCUGAAGUCUUACAUCCUCUUUGGGGAAAAGGAAGACCUGGAGAUGUUCAACGCUGCCUAUCAGAACAUUCAGAACCACUUGAGGAGAGGUCGAGAGGCCUGCAAUGAAGGAGAAGGUGACCCUCCCCUGUACGUGAACGUGAACAUGUACACGGGCCAGCUGAUGAACACCUGGAUCGACUCUCUGCAAGCCUUUUUCCCUGGACUGCAGGUGCUGAUAGGAGAUGUGGAAGAUGCCAUUUGUCUCCAUGCCUUCUAUUAUGCCAUAUGGAAACGCUAUGGAGCUCUCCCAGAGAGGUACAACUGGCAGCUGCAGGCCCCAGACGUUCCCUUCUAUCCACUGAGGCCGGAGCUGGUGGAGUCCACAUAUCUUCUUUAUCAGGCCACAAAGAACCCAUUUUACCUUCAUGUGGGAAUGGAUAUUCUGCAGAGUUUGGAAAAAUAUACAAAAGCAAAGUGUGGCUAUGCCACGUUGCACCACGUGGUGGAGAAGACGAAGGAGGAUCGAAUGGAGAGCUUUUUUCUCAGUGAAACCUGUAAAUACUUGUACCUGUUGUUUGAUGAAGAGAAUCCAGUGCAUAAAUCUGGGAAUAAGUUCAUGUUUACUACUGAGGGCCACAUCGUGUCUGUGGAUGAGCGUUUCCGGAACUCGCUGUGGGAAGACAUCCUCCCUGGAGAGGAGGACAGCGCCGAGAAAACCAAACCCACGGAGCUGAAGGCAGCCAACUUCAGCUCCAACUGUAACAGAGUCCCUGAUGAGAGGAGGUACCUGCUGCCCCUGAAGAGCAACUACAUGAGACAGAUCGACAGGAUGGUGGGACUGAUCUGAGGGACUCUCCAGGGAAACUUUGGAGGAGCCUGGGAUUCCUCUGCAGACAUUCCUCCCCCUUCAGCUGCUCCCUGCACAGGCUGAGUGCCCCAGGUGUCCCCUGGGCCUGUGGUCAGCCGUGGACACAAAGGAGAUGGAGCUCAGUGCUCUGAGCUGGGGUAACCUCCUGUGCCACCCGAACACACAGCUCUCGUUUCAGGACUUCCUAUGAAAAAUGUUGUUGCAAAUGAAGGCUGAAUAUGUUUUAAAAGAAAAAGAAGGCAAAUUGGCCUGUGCCACUUAGCUACCUCUUUGUGGCUGUGUUACAAAUGUCCCUCUAGAGAAGGGUCUGGUGUUUAAUUUGAAGUGAUCUUGGCUUGGGGAAGGAGGGGGAAAGUGCAAUUUUUUACACCAAGUUGAAUUAUUGAAUUUUUCUGACUAGCAAUACACAACCUUAAGGUCUACUCAGGUAGGAACCCACUGGGUUUGUUGAAACAAAACUGCUCUAUCUACUCUUGGAAAGAGAACUCCUGGUGGUGUAAAAGCUGUUGGUAGAGUCUGAUAUCCCUCACACACACAGCUGAUAGAACAGGCAGGGUUGUGAGAGCCUGUAGCUGCAGAAACCAGUGAUCAAACCAAUCCAGGUGCCUUUUUGGAAGGGAAUGGGGGGAGGGAAGGGGGAAUUGCAGAGCCACUCAGGCAGAAGUUCCCAAAGUUUCCUUGUUUGCCAUGUUUUAGUGCCUUUUCAGGAGAGAUGCUGCUAAGAACUGGUGUCACAGUACACGAAGAACAAACUGUUCCACAUUCCUGACAGGAUUUGUGUUAGUGCCUUAAGUUCUCUUCACUAGCAGGGAAAACUGAGCUUCCUUGGGAAGAUGGAAAAGUAUUUUAGAUGAGCUGGUUGCAAAAUACAGUGGAGCCCAAAGUCACUUAAAAAGAGAUGAUUUCCCUUUUUUGUCUUUUAAGAUCCUGGAAGAAUAUCUGUCUAUGAAAUUUUGGGAAGAAAGCAGUUAAGGGCUUGAGGGAUGACAACAAACUGAGGCCAAAACAACAUUCUUAAAUAUAACAAGUUGGGGUUUUUUUUCCAGUGGUUCCCCGUUGCUUAUAUACUUCUAACUUUUGACUACAGUUGAAAUAGUAAAAUGUUAUUUUUGGGUUAAUGACUUUUAAGUUGAGGCUUAAAUACCAGGGCAACUUGAUCUGCUGUAUUUUCACCUUCUUAAAACAACAUUGGUUUUCAUAAACCACGUGUUGCAACUCAAAACAUUUCUAAUAAAUACGAAGUUUGUGCUGGAGAGGUUAUUGUUGAAAUCUUUUAAUGUACAGAUGCAUCUCAGGGACUUUGUUAUAGGAUCUUCUGUUCCAUGAUAGUUGAAUCUUAUGUUCAGGCAAAAAAAAAAAAAAAUCAUCAAGUCUUCAUGGUCUUAGUGUGUGUGUUUGAAGGGCUGAAGGGUUGGAGGGGGGGAGAGGGAAAUAGGUUAAAAUUUCCCAAAUUAUUGCAGUAGAAUGGGUUGCCUUGGUGUUUGAAGCAGCUGGUGAUUCCAGCUCCUGUAGAAUUGGCUUUGUUAAUGUAUUAUUGGAGUAUCUGAGUCACCUGUUUAAAGGAAAACAGGAAUUCAGGGUGGUGUGAUGCAGAGAGGUGUUGGGAGAGGUUCAGGCUGUGCUUCCCAGCCAGUACAGGGUGAGGAAGGGCAAGAGGAUGGACAAAGGCAGGGGAGACCUCUGCUCACCCAGGAAGCACAGGGAUCUGGGCUCUGAAAUGCUGCUCCUGGGCCAGCACGUCUCAUCCAGCUCUGGAAUGAGAAGUGGUGGGGUGGGAGCCCAGUGCAGCAUCCCACCCUGGCUGUGUAAACUCAGAGUGGCAGUGCUGGGAUGGACAGGACACAGGAAGGACAGGACACCAGGACAGACACACCCAAAGUGUGGUGGUGGCUUCUUCUGCUCCUGGUUUGUCCCUGACUCCCAGUUUAGCUCCCUGAAUGUGUCACGCUCACCACUAUGUGUUUGUGCCUUCUGAACUCCUGAACCCAGGGGAGGGUCCCAGCCCAGGAUCACGCACAGAAUCCAUUCCAAAGUUUUCCAGAGAGAAUUCCACGACUGUGAGAAAGUUGCAGAACAAUUCUGCCAUCCUUGUUUCCUUGUUUUUGCCAGGAAUAGUGAAAGGUGGCUGAGUGGGAGCAGCCCAGCCAGGAAUUGCAGCUUCCAGCCAAACAUGGUCAGCUUCCCUUGGGAAUUGCUUUGGAAUUUCUGUUGCCAGGUGAUGUGACAGUCAUCUUUCCACAGAAAUGCUCUUUAUCCUCAAGGAAGCUGGUGGUAAAAGACUCUUGUGUUCCUUCAGGAGCCAACAUUUCUUCCUCUUUGCUCUAAAACUGCUUUUAGUACAUUUUUACUCUGUAAGGACAGGGCUCCUGUUAUGCACUAAAAUGAGAGCUUUUGUACAAGUCAAUGGCAUCAAAAUGGAACUGAUAACAGUGCUGGAAUCACUUGCUGAAAUAGACUCUUGUAUUUCUUGGUAUCAUGUGCAAUAUCAAGUUUUCCUAACUAAAAGUGCCAUGUAUGCUCAAUUGUUAUUUAUCCAGGAAGUAUUUAACUGAGGAGGGAAACUUGGAAGAGGACCAAAUGUGCUUGCAUGAAAUGUCCUGAAUUUUCAACACUUGGCUUGCAUUUUGCAGAUCCACAUUAAAAAGUAGCGUGUUUGACUA